UAAACCCUGUACGGCCUUCGUUUAGCACCAUAUCCCCUCUAAACGAUGGCAACAUACAGCGCAUCCUCUUCCAGACUCAGCCGCUAUAGUGUGCAUUGAGGAGUUCACCGAGGAGAUGCCUGCUCCUGAGCAGGAGACUGUAGCAGGGGGGGAGGAGGAGGAGGAACAGAGCUGUGAGGAAGGAUCCAGUGCCAAUAAGAUGGAGAUGGAAAGCACCGCCACUAACAUCCUGGCCUCCGUCAAAGAGCAGGAACUUCAGUUUGAACGGCUGACCAGAGAGCUUGAGGUGGAGAGACAGAUUGUGGCCAAUCAGCUGGAACGAUGCAGGUUGGGGGCGGAGUCUCCAGGUGCUGCCAGUGACAGCUCCUCCGAAAAGUCUUUACUGUGGAGAUCAGCUGACUCCUCAGCGGCAGGUGUGUCCAAGCAUCACGCAUCAGAUGACUGCCCUUCACCUGUUUUCGGUGUUCGAGUUCAGAGGUCACCCUAUUCACUUGACUUGGAACAAAUUUCCUUGCAUGAAAGGUCAGCGGCAAACUCUCGCAGCUCAACUCAGAUGAACUCGUAUUCUGACAGUGGCUACCAGGAAGUGAGUGGUUAUUAUAGCAACUUAGUGACUCCAAGAAGAUCAGAGGGGCGGUCCCAGUCAACCAGCUCCGCCCCUAGCUUUAGUCCAAGUCUGGCUAUGGUCUCCAGGGCGGAGGGACAGACUUUAUCAGAGGUGCCAGGUGGCCGUGUAAUGAGGCGUGUUAGUUCGGUGCCCUCUCGUGCCUCUUCUCCUGUCUACACCCAGUCUCCACUGCCCUCACGCCCUCCGCUGGGAUCUUCACUUGGAAGCCCAUUUGGCUCGCCCAUCAUCUCUGAGCCCAGGCCACUGCCCAGCAUCUUUCCUGGCACCACCCUUCCUCCCUCCUCUAGCCACGCCCCUGACUUACUUCACUCAAGCUAUUCUGGGCACAGGGAUGGCAUCGGGUCCCCGACCUUGCUGCGGUCCAGUAUGACAGCACAGCCACAGCACUAUGGGACACUGGGAAAGCACGAAACACAAGCAUAUGACAAUACACAUUCCUUGUUUGGAGCACGGGCGUAUGACUUUUUUGAGAAGAUUGUUCUUUCCAGACCGGACAGUCUGACAGGCCUUCAAAGCUCCUAUAGCCAGCACAGCCAGCUAGGUCAGGAAGCACGAACCCCUGAUCAACAUGUGACCCCUGUCUAUGAGGACAAAACCUUCCAGAACCCGCUCUACCAGAGCCCGACCCACGGCUCCCAGAGUGGCCUGUCCAGAAACACAGGGUUAGGUACUCUGCCGAGAACCACCAGUCAGUGUAGUACCCUGCGGUACCAAAGAGGAGCAUACUCUAUGCCCUCACACACCGACACCUAUCGCUCCACCCUUUACCGACCAGCGGAGUCCAGUUAUAGUAGACACGCCAUCAACAAUAACAUCAGCUCCACGCGAUCUCCAUCAAUCGACAGCAUUCAUAAGGAUCCUCGGGAGUUUGCAUGGAGAGAUCCAGAGCUGCCUGAGGUUAUCCGCAUGCUACAGCAUCACUUUCCAUCAGUGCAGGCCAAUGCUGCAGCAUUUAUUCAGCACCUCUGCUACGGAGACAAUCGCAUCAAAACUGAAGUGUGCAGGUUGGGAGGGAUCCAGCAUUUGGUGGACCUGCUGGAUCAUAAGGUUCUGGAGGUGCAGUGCAGUGCAUGUGGAGCUCUCAGGAACCUGGUAUUUGGCAAAGCCACAGAUGACAACAAGGUGUGUGUGAGAAACGCAGGAGGAGUUCCGGCUCUGCUCCGUCUGCUGAGAAAAAGUGCAGAAACUGAUGUUCGGGAGCUCGUAACGGGUGUUUUGUGGAAUUUAUCAUCUUGUGAUGCUGUGAAGAUGACGAUUGUGCGUGAUGCCCUUGGUCCUCUUACCAACACAGUGAUCAUUCCUCACUCCGGCUGGGGUGCCGCCCCUCAGAGAGAGGACCAAAAACUUCAACUGCACGCCUCUGUGGUGCUGAGGAACACAACCGGGUGCCUCAGAAACCUGAGCUCAGCUGGAGAGGAAGCCCGCAGGCAGAUGCGAUGCUGUGAAGGCCUGAUUGACUCUCUGCUCUACAUUAUUAAAACAUGUGUCAACACCUCAGAUUUUGACAGCAAGAUUGUGGAAAACUGUGUUUGCACUUUAAGGAACCUGUCAUAUCGUCUAGAGCUAGAGAUGCCACCCUCUCGGCUGAUGGGAAACCAAGAUCUAGACACCCUUCUGGGCAAUGACCCCUCCAGCAAAACGAUAGACUACAUUUGCUGGGGUCUGAGAAAAAAGAAAAAGAAGAGAUCCUGGCAAGAUCAGCAAUGGGAUGGUGUGGGACCUAUCCCAGGAUUCUCCGGGAGCCCAAAGGGGGCAGAGAUGCUCUGGCACCCAUCAGUUGUAAAGCCUUACCUCACCCUGCUUGCAGAAAGCUCAAACCCUGCCACACUAGAGGGAGCAGCUGGGUCAUUACAAAAUCUCUCAGCUGGUACCUGGAGGUUUGCAGCUUACAUUCGAGCAGCAGUGCGGAAGGAGAAGGGUUUGCCUAUUCUGGUUGAGUUGCUAAGAAUGGAUAAUGAUAGGGUGGUCUGCUCAGUGGCUACCGCACUACGCAACAUGGCUCUGGAUGCCAGGAACAAGGAGCUGAUUGGAAAGUACGCCAUGCCGGACUUAGUGACACGUCUCCCGGGUCAUGGGCCUUCACUUCUCUCUGAUGAGACAGUAGCAGCAGUGUGCUGUGCACUUCAUGAAGUCACCAGUAGAAACAUAGAAAAUGCUCGUGCACUUGCCCAGGCAGGCGGAAUCGACAAAUUGGUCAAUAUCAGCCGAGGCAGAGGGGAAAGAUACUCUAUGAAGGUGGUAAAAGCUGCAGCGCAGGUGCUGAAUACUUUGUGGCAGUACAGAGAUUUACGCAACCUCUAUAAAAGGGAUGGGUGGAACCAGAACCAUUUCAUUACUCCAGUAUCAACUCUUGAUCGAGACAGGUACCGAUCCCAACCCACACUUCCAACGAGCAACCUACAGAUGUCACCUGUCAUCCAGUCAGGAGGUAGUGCCACUUCCUCCCCAGCCAUGUUGGGCAUAAGGGAGCAUCGUUUGAGUAAGAGGAGAGCUCAGUCUACUAUGCAACUUCAUAACUAUUACGGAGACACUAACAGAAACAAAAAUCUGUAUACAGGGUCAGGAAAGCACUCUGCAUAUUUCAUAAGCUCUUACCAUUCCCCUUCUCACGAAGAUCCUAACAGGUCACAGCAUAGCCAACUGUUCUACUCAGACGAGCCCAAUCAGAGAGCCUACGACCCAUAUGGAAUGUACUUAGCAUCUCCGGCGGGCUAUGACGACCCAUACCUGGACGAGCCGCUCCAAUACCCUGCGGUGAACGAAAGGCAGACGCUCAAGCGCAACACCAACUACGUGGACUUCUACUCCACCACACGCAGGCCUUCCUACCGUGCUCAGACCUACCCCGCCUCUCCAGACUCAUGGGUGUAGGCAUGAGCGUGUGUGUAUGCGUGCAUAGAGUAUGUAUCUGUAUGUGUCUUUGAGUCUGAGUGUAUUGGUGCAUGUACGUUUUACGGACUUUUGCAGGGUAAAGUACAGCAUAUGGCC